AGUGCCUAGGAAGGCGAAGCUGCGAGAUCUGGGUGGCCCUUUAGAGGGUUCCCUAUUUGCUUCUAUAGUCUCCAAAAAACCUGGGGUUCCACGGUGGGUUACAGCCCCAGUCCCUGAGACCCCCCCUCUUUUCACUCUAAUGUAGCUCUAAAAGUCUACUGUUCCCGGCCCGCAAGGCGGAGGUGCAGAGGUAGCUUGGCUGGGAGCUGCCAGAAACCUCCCAGUAUGAAGGUUGCAUUUAGAAAAUUGUGGACCCGCGCUUCCAAGCUGCGGGAGGAUGACCCAGUUUCCCCGUGAUCCAGGGGUAACACCAAGGGGUGUGGGAAGGACAAAGGGGGUGUUGGGCCACCUAUUGGGUUGCUGCAGGCCAGCCAGGUGCCCAGGAGCGAAUGCAGAGAGACUGCAGGGCGGCGUGUCCGGGAGGAGGAAAGGGAAUCCCAUGUUAAUAAAUCUGUUGGCAAAUGAGGCUCAUUAAUAGAUAAAUAUUUCACUACUUCCUUGAGGGCGGAUAAACAGUGCUCCGCUGAGCCGAUUAAAGAAAGGAAGCUGGGAGACAUUGACUUUAUUCGAACCACAUGGUUCCAGUUUGGGGCAGCAUUCGCGCUGCUCAGCUAGAGCAGACGCCGCGCCUGCGGGGUUUGCACUGGAGCAUCAAAUCUGGCCUUAAACGUUCCCCUGCUUAGAGGGGGAGAGAGGGGCAAAGAGUGGCUCUUUCUCUCGAGACCAUCUAUGGGCCGACAGGUUGCAGAGCCCCCGCAGGGGCUUGAGUCUGCAGAGAGGACACGGACAGGGGGAAUCUACACACUGGAUCUGGGGUUCAGGAAUAGGUAUGAGGUUGUGUGUUUGGGGGAGGGGGGCGAACCCUGCCGGACGUCCGCAGGCUCGGGCACCAGGAUGGGGCUCUGACUGCGUCGGGCGCCCGGGGGCCGGCGGGGUGCAGGCCGCUGCGUGGGCCGCGUCUUUGAGCCUCUUCCCGGUCCAGUCUAGGCGGCCGCCGGCCCGUGGCGCGAGACCACCUGUGAGGGCUGCUGAGAUUGGCGGAGGCGGUCAUGUGGGCGGUCACGUGCCGCGGCGAGCUCCGUCCAAAAGAAAAUGGGGUUUGGUGUAAAUCUGGGGGUGUAAUGUUAUCAUAUAUCACGCUACCUCGUAAAACCGACACUGAAAGCUGCCGGACAACAAAUCACAGGUCAAAAUUAUGAGUUCUUCGUAUUAUGUGAACGCGCUUUUUAGCAAAUAUACGGCGGGGGCUUCUCUCUUCCAAAAUGCCGAGCCGACUUCUUGCUCCUUUGCACCCAACUCGCAGAGAAGCGGCUACGGGCCGGGCGCCGGCGCCUUCGCCUCCACCGUGCCGGGCUUAUACAAUGUCAACAGCCCCCUCUAUCAGAGCCCCUUCGCGUCGGGCUACGGCCUGGGCGCCGACGCCUACAACCUGCCCUGCGCCUCCUACGACCAAAACAUCCCCGGGCUCUGCAGUGACCUCGCCAAAGGCGCCUGCGACAAGGCGGACGAGGGCGUGCUGCACGGCCCGGCCGAGGCCAGUUUCCGCAUCUACCCCUGGAUGCGCAGCUCAGGACCCGAUAGGAAGCGGGGACGUCAGACCUACACGCGCUACCAGACGCUGGAGCUGGAGAAGGAAUUCCACUUCAACCGCUACCUGACGCGGCGCCGCCGCAUCGAGAUCGCCCACGCGCUCUGCCUCACCGAGCGCCAGAUCAAGAUCUGGUUCCAGAAUCGGCGCAUGAAGUGGAAGAAAGAACAUAAAGAUGAGAGCCAGGCUCCUACUGCGGCCCCCGAAGACGCCGUGCCCUCUGUCUCCACGGCAGCUGCUGACAAGGCCGAGGAGGAGGACGAGGAGGAAGAGGAGGAGGAAGAGGAAGAAGAGGAAUAAAGGGCCAGGCACAGGGCCCUGGCUGCACAGGACAGUCGGAAAAGCGUCUUUAAGAGACUCACUGAUUUUAGUUACAAAAAUUGAGGGAAUAAA